AUGAGCUUCUCUGUCCCCACCUUCGAUUUGCACGAUGGCACCAAGAUCCCGACCCUCGCAUGGGGCAAUGGGACAGGUGAUGCGAAGAAGACCGCCGUCGAAUCGGGCAAGAUUGUCCUCGGCGCUGGCAUCCGCCACAUCGACACUGCGCAAGGCAAGGAGUAAACCGGGUUUUUUUUUUUUUUGAGAACCACUUGCUGAUAUUGCCUUUCCGACCGUUCUUAGGUUACGACAACGAGAAGGAGACGGGCCAAAGCAUCAGCAACACGGCCGUUCCCCGUGCCGAGAUCUACGUCACCUCCAAGCGUGAGUCCGCUCCCCGCCCCGCGGAGAUGCUCCUGUCCUCCGGCGCGUACUGAUUGGACGAGGCUACUUCCUUUCCACAGUCUCACAGAAAGAAGGCAACCCCGACAAUGAACCGAUUCCCGUCGCCGAUGCCAAGAAGGCCGUGCAAUCCACCAUCCAGCGUCUCGGCUUCCACCCGAACCUGCUGCUCAUUCACAACCCCUUCCUCGCACCCAAGGGGGAGAUGCUCGCGUUCUGGCGUGUGCUUGAAGAGAUGAAGGACAAUGGCGAGCUCGAGUCUUCGAUUGGGGUCUCCAACUUCCGACCUCAGGACUUUGAAGGCUUUUUGGACCAGGUCAAGUACAAGCCUGUCGUCAAUCGUGCGUUCUGACCUUGCCUAGCAUGUCCUGGGAAGUUUUCCUUGGCGCGUGCUCACAGUCAUCUCACUCUUCCCCUCUACAGAGCUCGAGUACCACCCUUACUUGCUCGAGCAGCUCGAGCCUCUGCUCAAAAUCCAGGAGAAGCAUGGCAUCCGCACCGAAGCCUACGGUCCUCUUACCCCCCUGCUCCGUCACCCAACGGGUGGACCGAUCAAGCCGAUUCUCGAGCGCAUCGCCAAGCGCAUCUCUUCCGAGACGGGCAAAGAUGUUGAUACCGCUGGAGCUUUGUUGUUGUGGACUCGUGCCAAGGGUGUCGUCGCCGUGACCGCGUCCGGCAACGAGGGCCGCAUCAAAAAGCUCGCCGAGGUUCAGACCCUGCCCGAGCUCAAGCCCGAGGAGGUGGAGGAGAUCGACACCGCCGGCCGCAAGCUCCACUUCCGUGCCUACGUGAGUUGCUCCUUGCCUCAUUUAUCUGUCUUCAUACAAAUAUGGAUCAGGAUCUUACUGACCUGGAUGCCACGCAACCCUUCUAACUCCACAGGAUGAGCACAUGCGCGAUUUCGCCGUGCCGAACUUGCCUUCCCAGUAG